CUGAACAUGGAUCCCAACGAGACCGAACAGAAGCUUCUCCCUCAGGACAUGUUCUUGAGAACAGCUAGAAUUGUGGGAAACAUGGAGGCAGAGACUGUGGUCUGUACCACAGACCAACUUAUUGAAGAAGAGCCACAAUACACACAUAUUCACCAGAAUGAAUUCUCAUAUAGGAGGCACAAGAAGCAGGAGGAGGAGGAUAUUGUCAUAUGUGAAUGCAAGUAUGAUGAAAAGGAUCCUGAAAGUGCAUGUGGAGAAAGGUGCUUGAAUGUGUUGACCAGCACGGAGUGCACUCCUGGAUAUUGCCCUUGCGGUGUGUAUUGUAAGAAUCAGAGAUUUCAGAAACGUGAAUAUGCCAAGAUAAAGUUGUUUAAAACAGAAGGCUGUGGUUGGGGCCUUUUAGCCAAUGAGAACAUAAAGGCAGGGCAGUUUAUUAUCGAGUACUGUGGAGAAGUGAUAUCAUGGAAAGAAGCAAAGAAAAGAUCGCAUGCUUAUGAAAUUGAAGGUAUCAGAGAUGCAUUUAUUAUUUCUCUCAAUGCCUCUGAGUCUAUCGAUGCCACUGUGAAGGGAAGCCUUGCCAGAUUUAUAAAUCAUUCUUGCCAACCAAAUUGUGAGACAAGAAAGUGGAAUGUGCUUGGGGAAAUUAGGGUUGGAAUAUUUGCAAAACAAGAUAUAUUAGUUGGAACUGAGUUGGCAUAUGACUACAAUUUUGAAUGGUAUGGAGGUGUUAAGGUUCGCUGCCUCUGUGGUGCACCUAGCUGUUCAGGAUUUCUUGGGGCAAAAUCUCGUGGUUUCCAGGAGGAUACAUACGUAUGGGAAGAUGACGAUGAAAGGUAUUCAGUUGAGAAAAUUCCGCUCUAUGAUUCGGCAGAGGAUGAGCCAUCUAUGCUCUUCAAGACUGUGAACUCAAAUUCUGAAUUUGAUGUAAAACGGAUGAUGAUCAAUGUCAAUGCUAAUUCUGAACAUCAGUUGAUGUCCACUGCUCUUGUCGUCCAAUCACUUGAUUCAGAUCCAAUGGAGGGUGUAGUUAUGGAGGUGAAAAAUGAAGCGAGUGAAGAGACAAAACUUUAUUCACAAAAUAAUCAACCGGCUUUCCUGAAAAAGAAUGCAAUGAUAUCCCGAAUCCGUAGCAAUACUGCGUGUCGAAACUAUCACAUUGAAUCAGGAUCAGUUUCAAACAAGAGAUUGAAACAAGGUUCUAGUGGAAAGUUGAAACAUUAUGCACAAAAACAGGUCGAUGCCAAAUCUGUAGCUUUGCUUUUAGCAUCAAAUGAGGCACAGGAGGAAAUUUUGAAACAUGAGGAGAUGAGAAGUGAUGCUGCCACACAUCUUGAAUCUUUAUAUAAUGAGAUACGACCUGCCAUUGAAGAACAUGAAAGGGACAGCCAAGACAGUGUAGCGACCAGUGUAGCUGAGAAGUGGAUAGAAGCCUGCUGCUUGAAACUUAAGAUGGAAUUCGACCUGUAUUCCUCUAUUGUUAAACAAGUGGCUUGUACCACUCGUAAGGCAAGCAGCGAGUCCAAAUAUGCAGAUAGCAACAUAGAGAAUGAAAUCAAGUUACUCCCGAAUUGAGGUGCCUGACAAAUUUACGCUUUGGAUUACUCGUCUUUGACUUGCGGACAGGACUUGCUUUCGGCUUGAAGCAGAUGUAACCCAUAAAUCUUAUGCUUCAUGAGGUGGUCCAUUUCCCCAUGAUGUACAACAUUGUCAAAGCAUGUAUAUAACUGUGACAAAGGGAAAGCUCUUCGCAUGGAGGCUUAUUCACUGCCCUUGAUAUUAUUG